CAAGGAUAUCCGGUCAACACAGCUAAAUGAUCGUCGUUCAAGUCGCAGCUCGGAUCGUUAAAAUGACGCCUUUUUGGCGUCGUUAAAUCACGAAGACUGACGAGAUCCUUUACAAAUAGCCCGUGAGAGGGGCGUGUCACCGGAGUGAGAGCAAGCGGUAACGUAUGAGGUGACGUGGAGUCGAACCCCUUCUUCAGGCUCGGGUGUCAGUAAAAGUACUCGGUGUACCCGGAUAUGCACGGGAUGGAUGGAGGACACCGCACCGAGGCUUUCCAGGAUGUUCACCUGUAAAUCGGCACAUUGAGCUCCAGUGUACCGGAGCCCGGGGGAGAGAGUCGGGGCCUAGAGUCGAGAGGAAUCCAGCGGACAGACACGUUUAGUCGGAUCUGUGGCAUCGAAGCUGACGUGACACCGCUGACAAACCGGGGUAAUGCAGCGCGGAGUCGGACACCUGCAGGGGGGCUGCAAGAAGACGAUGGGGCUGCAAUGCAUCUUGAUCCUGUGCUUGGUCUCAAGCUGCAUCGCGGGCUACAAGCAGGGGGACAACGUGACUAUCUAUGUCAACAAAGUGGGCCCUUAUCAUAACCCCCAAGAGACCUAUCACUACUACACCCUGCCAGUCUGCAGGCCAGAGAAGGUACACCACAAGUCCCUGAGUCUGGGAGAAGUGUUGGAUGGUGACAGAAUGGCAGAGUCAUUAUAUCACCUCCGCUUCAGAGAGAACGUGGAGAAAAAGACUCUCUGUCAACUCACUCUUUCAGAGAAACAGGUGGACCAGCUUCGAGAGGCCAUCGAGGAGCUGUACUACUUUGAAUUUGUCCUGGAUGACAUUCCAAUCUGGGGUUUUGUGGGAUACAUUGAAGAGAGUGGCUUUCUGCCUCACAGCCACAAGGUGGGUUUGUGGACUCACCUCGACUUCAACAUCGAGUACAACAGUGACUCGGUGAUCUUCGCCAACGUCUCUGUAAAAGACGUCAAACCCGUUCCCCUGGAGGAGGGGGCGGGCACAGCAGUCGGUGGCGUUGGUUUGGGCGGAGGCAGCCUGACUGUCACCCACACUUAUAGCGUGCACUGGUUCGAGUCCCCUCUGCCUCAUUCCCGCAGAGCCGAGCGCCUCCGGGACUACUCGUUCUUCCCCAAAACGCUGGAGAUCCACUGGCUGUCCAUCAUCAACUCGCUGGUGCUGGUGGUGCUGCUGCUGGGCUUCGUCAUCAUCAUCCUCAUGCGGGUCCUCAAGAAUGAUUUUGCCAGAUACAACGUGGAGGAGGAGGGCGGCUGUGAUGAUCUGGACCAGGGAGACAACGGCUGGAAGAUCAUUCACACUGACGUCUUCAGGUUUCCCCCUUACAAAAGCCUGCUGUGUGCUGUGCUGGGAGUGGGGGCCCAGUUCCUUACCCUGGCCACGGGGAUCAUCAUCAUGGCACUGUUGGGAAUGUUCAACGUACACCGCCACGGCGCCAUCAACUCGGCAGCUAUUGUUCUGUACGCUCUGACCAGCUGUGUGUCGGGCUAUGUCUCCUGUAGCUUCUACACGCAGAUCAAUGGCCAGCGCUGGGUGUGGAACAUCAUCCUCACCUCGUCUCUCUUUUCUGCUCCUCUUUUCCUGACGUGGAGCAUCGUGAACUCCAUCCACUGGUGGUGCGGCUCCACUCAGGCUCUGCCGGCCUCCACCGUGUUCCUCCUGCUGGGUGCCUGGGUGCUGGUGGGCUUCCCCCUCACAAUCAUCGGAGGCAUCGUGGGGAAGAACCGAGCCGGCAACUUCCAGGCACCCUGCCGCACUCGCAACAUCGCCCGACAAAUCCCCGCACAGCCGUGGUACAAACACACAGCUGUGCACAUGGCCAUCGGCGGCUUCCUGCCGUUCAGUGCCAUCUCAGUGGAGCUGUACUACAUCUUCGCCACCGUUUGGGGCCGAGAGCACUACACCCUCUAUGGCAUCCUGCUGUGUGUCUACGCCAUCCUCCUCUCUGUGGGCGCCUGUAUCUCUGUUGCCCUCACCUACUUCCUGCUGUCGGGCGAGGACUACCAAUGGUGGUGGAGGAGCGUGCUCAGCACAGGCUCCACCGGCCUCUUCAUCUUCGUCUACUCCGUCUUCUACUACCACAACCGGUCGUCUAUGAGUGGCCUAGUUCAGAGCACAGAGUUCUUUGGCUACUCUCUGCUCACGGCACUUGUCUUCUCGCUGAUGCUGGGCAGCGUUUCCUUCUGGGCCUCACUGGCAUUUAUUAGAUACAUCUACCAUAGCCUCAAGAUGGACUAGACAUGAAAUGUGCUCACACACGGCUCUGAAUGAACAUUUCCUCAUAGCACACACAAUCUUCAUUCUCCUCUCUUGCUCUCUGUUACACCCAGAAAAAUACUUGCUUGGUUAAUGGGAGCAGAAACAGGGGCAUUUAGCCCUUGAUUUGAACUAUAGGAGAUAUUAUGGGAUGGAAGGACAAAUAAAGGGAAAAUCAUCAGGAGGUGGUUGUGAAAUUAUUGACUGAAAUUCAUGAGCUGAUGUACUUCAUGGUACAAGUACUUGGCAGGACUUAAUUUUACUGCAUACUCUUACUAGUUGUUUACCCUAACACACACACACACACACAUCAGUCUAUUCAAACAUGAUAAGAGUUUUGCACUGGUGCUGUUGAGCGCGACAUCGCCCUCCGGUGGAUAACAUGAACGUUGCCUUGUAGAUUUAAGAGCGGCUGCGGUACGUUGGUGAUGGGAGCAAUAUUGUCACUGUACGUUGUGGUCACCGUUGACUGAUUUUUGGUUCUAUUGUAAAUAUUGUCUUUUCAAUAAAGUGCUUUGUAAUACAA